UGCUGCAAGCUGCGAGAGGUAAGAUGAACCAAAUCCUGCGCUGUGAUUGGUUAUACGGGUGAGAAAGACGGCGCCAUCUUGUCCGCUCGAUAUUUCCUCCCGUUCCCCAUUAAAAAAAAAUGAGAGUUUUUAACUUUUAGCAGUCUCUGUUUUCCUCUUUGUGCUACACUGAAGUUGAUAAGAUCUUAUAAAGAAAACCAGAUGCUGAAAGCAGGAAUCUGAGAGGCAUGAAUUGACCCUUGUCGACCCUAUUAAAGCACUUAACCUUGUCAACUCUAUUAAGCACUUUUCAAAGAGAAGCUUUUUAACUGAUCCUUAAUACGCGAUAAGGCAUCCUUUGCAUUCACGAAAUUGGACCGAUAUUGUUCAACCGAGAUUCGCGAACCAACUGUUGAUCUUGAAAAAGCAACAACAGGGUGACUGUAAACACUGUUCUAGUGUAUUUCUAACAAUUGAAGUAUAAUGCAAGUGCAAGGCAGUCUUUUUCAGUUUCUGAGAGUUUCUGACAAUCUCUGACAAUCCCUGCCAAUAUUUCUUACUUAGAAGUGUGGCCUAUAUCAAUCAGUUCAAGCCGAUAUAAGUGUUGGCUAGCGAGAUAUUGGCUUGCAAAAGUACAAUGACUCCUUUUGCUGUAUAGGGCAACCCGCGCCGAACAUUCAGGCCGAUUAAUUUUAGGUGGCGAAAGCGUACCAGCCCCUACGCAACCUGCACUAACCACAAACCGCUUUUGUGAGCAAAAUAACUCCCGAUAUGGACACCUGAAGGGAAGAUAAAAGAAAGCUAUCAAUAAACAAUACAACUGCCUAAGCCUAACCGAAAUUAGGAAGCUGGAUUUUCGAUAAAUGAAAUCGGACAUGCAAUUAAGCAUAAGCUUAAAUACGAAAUUACGAAGGAUACGAAGGUAGAUUUUCGAUACAUGCAAACAGACAACGUAUCGCAUUUCAAAACAAGCCAUAAAAGAAAAACAAAACCUACCGUGGCAACUGAAAGCUGGGAAAAUAAAAAUGAAGUCUUCUUAAAACCGAUAAAUGGUCCACGAGUGUGAGGCGGCCAACACGAAGGAGGCAGAAAAUCCACUCGCACAAGCCAAUUUCUCAUCUACAGGAUCUAAACUAAUUCCUUUCGAUCACAUGACUUUAUCAAACAGGCAAAGUCCUUGGCUGCCAGCUUAGUGUGAGCUGACGCGUACACUAACAUAAGAGUUCUUUAUGCGAUGUAAUAAAUCCUCUAUUGACGAAGUUUGUUCGGUGUAGUUGGCCGGUUAAUGGCUUCCUCCUGUCUUAACCUGUAAAAGGAUUUAGGCGCAGACCACUUAAACAAGACGCAAAGAACAUAAUGAGUGGAGUCAUGUCAUGUGAUCUCAUGUCACGUGUAAAAUUACACCCAACAAAAGAAGUGCCUGGGUAAUGCGUGGUAACGCUGGCCCAGCAUAUCUAUUGCUUUUCUCGUGUACAAGGAGUGAUAGUUAGGUUGUCUUGUAAGUGACGUCCCUCAUGUUCCUACACUUCCUUCAAGAAAAGUUCAUAUUCUGUCACACUGACAGAACCACUAUGAGCUUGUUAUUUUCGUGGAUAGAUUUGAAUGCUGACAUUGUUGAAUGUUAAUCACCGUUGAUUUAUGUAGGGCGUAUUACCGUUACUGGACUGGGUACUAUGGUCUGCCUGUCGCUGGCUGGAACGCAGGGGAUAAUGGCAAAAAGUACUUAAACAUCAAGGGUUCCGGUACUCUGUUUGGAAUGUAUAACCUCCACAGAAAAGCAGGAAAUACAGGUUUGCUGGGAAGACAUUUUUGGAGAAUCGAGAACAGCAAUGUAAAAAAUGCGUUGGAGAAGUGUUUUACGUGGACGAUCCUUCAACAGAAGAUAAACGUUCAUGAAAGGUACAACCAACUAAUACGAUCAGACUGGCAGAUGGCGUGUCCUUGUACUGAAUGGCAAGCGUGGUUAGACUGGGGUAGAUUCUCUUGGGACUGGUGGUAUUCGUGGCCCCAACUGUGCUAUGACUCCAGACGUUCCAAGUUUAUCCCAUAUUCCGAUUCUGCUACAGGAUUAAGAGGUUUUCGGUUACGACAACGAUGUUGUUACUCUACGCAGUGGGAAGACUGGGGAUCACUCAAGGAGGGACCUCCUGACGGUGGUCGCGUCCAAGUAAAGGCAGUUUAUAACUGGUUCAGUGAGGCGAAUGAGAUGGAAAAGGUUUACACGGACGAGGAGGCCUAUAAACACUGCUGCGUUGACACACCUUUGUGUGAUUUGUUUUAUUUCUAUCGUCCGUCUGAUAGCUGCUCACUUUACAGACCUCCACGAAGGCGUAAGUUAUAAUUUAAAUUAAAUUAGAAUGUAUUACUCCCCACUGCACUGCAGUGCACUACACAAUACUGCAUUACACUUCACAACACUA